UGUGUGUGUGUGUGUGUGGGAGGGGGGGAGGGUGAAGGGGGGACGGGCAUGGUGGGCAUGAUGACCUGGUUGGGCAAGUUGGUGGGGUGUAUGGUUGGUUGGGAUUGGGAAUUGGGGACGGUGGAAUGGGGACGGUGGACGGGGACUGGGACUGGGCAUUGGUGGUAGUGAUGGUGAUGGAUGCUGGUGCUGGUUGCUGCUGGAAGGCGUGGUACUCGUUUGGCUUUGCACCUGAUUCUGAUCUCGUCGAAUUUGCUGCUGUUGGUUGUUCUGCUCUGCUCGCUCAUUCUCUACUGAUCUUGGUCCUCGCCGCCCGAUCCUAUCGAUGGCUAGCCCAGCAUGUUCUGGGCUCAACUUGCCCCCAUUCUCUGCCGAUCUUGCCCCUCCCCCCUCCCCCUCCCCACCUUGGUCCUAGCGUGGAUUCCCCCCACUUAUGCAACUCACUCAUGUCACGGAAGGACAGAUGUCGUACUCUAGUUCGGGAAUCAGCUCGGGAAGUGACUCGGGAAGCGGCUCGACGUUGUCCGCUGCCGACCCGUAUACCUACGACAACGUGUACUCGGACGAGGAUGCUAGCGGCGAUGAGGGUGCAUGGGGUGGCCCGGGCGCGGUUGGCCCGCACAAGUCGUCAUCGGCGCUUGGUGGCUGCUCGCCUUGGCUCGUCUACAAUGCUCGCGCUGUCUUUGGUGGCCUGCUCCUGCUUGCGUUGGUCUUUUACGCCUCCCGCCUCGCCAUUGUGGCCGACAAGACCGGCCGGAAGUUUGAGUCGUCCGACAACAAGUUUGACGCCAACGAGACCAACGAGGCGACGCCGUACUUCCUGCAGGCCACCGAGCUUGCUGCCGUUGUGGGCUGUGUCCUUGUUGUUGUCGGCGUCAUGCACAUCAUGCACUGGAACGUCAUCACUCGCAUGGCCACUGCCGCCGUCGCCCUCAUCUCCUUUGCUCUCGAGGUCAACGCCAUGGGCUUUGCCAUCAAGAUGUGGCAGGUCGGCAAGUCGGACGUCAACGUCGAGCUCGCCGACGAGUUUUCCGGCAUCGCCGGCCUCACUGUCGCCGCUGUCGUUGUCCUCGCCGUCAUCGUCGUUAUCCUCCUCCUGCCAGCGCUCUCGCAGACCUUUGGUCCGUCCGAGACCUUUGAGCACGACAGCAAGUUUGGCGCCGCCGGCGAGAAGCCCAAGCAUGUCGUUUUCAUUGCCGCCAGCAUCCUCACUGCCGUCGAGCUUUUCCGUCUUGUCGUCCUCUCCCUGUACCACAACUCGAACCUGCGUCGCUCGCUGGACAACGGCGUGGUUGAUGCCAACGCCAACAACAACGCCUCGCCGCAGUUUAUGGACAUCGCCAUGCUCGCCUCGGCAGUUACCUUUGGAUUCAUCUUUGCCGCCUUUGUCCACCUCCGGACCUGGCACGCCGCCUCGCGCAUUAUGGCCACCGCCACCGGCUUCCUCUCCGUCGUCUUCAACAUCUGGGCUGCCGCUUACAUGUUCAAGGUCUGGGACCUCGGCUCGUCCAACAUUGCCGGCGACCUCGACAGCCGCGUCACCAUGGCCGGCAUCGCCACUCUCGUCCAGGUUGUCUUUGGCGGCGCCACUAUCUUUGUCGUCGACUACUUUGUGAACUUUAUGAACGAGGCCGACGUCGGCGAUGCGCAGGACACCUCGGACGACGCCUCGUUUGCCGCCCUCAAGCGCGCCGGCCGCAAGAUCGUCGCCGGCCUCACUGCCUUUGUUCUCCUCCUCGCCCUGAUCGAGCUCGUUCUCAUGGGAGUCUUCUUCGAUAACCUCAUCGACAACGACCUCUCGUUUGACUCGAUCAACGUUGCAGCAGUCAAGGCCUACUCCGUCACCAUCACCUCGGGCAUGUUCACCGUCGGCGUCGCCCUCCUCGCUUUCGUCCACGUCUGGAAGUGGAACGUCCUCACCGGAAGCUCUGCCUUUGCCUUUGUCCUCGUCGCCUUUGCCCUCAACGGCAUCACCGCGGGCUACUCUGCCCGCUCCCUUGACCACGACGACACCGUCCGCGGCACUCGCACCGUCAAGGUUGACAACAUCCACGUCGCCUUCAACGCUCUCUCGUUUGUCCUCACCGCCGCCCUCGCUGCCCUUGCCGCCGCCGUCUCCACCCUCCGUGGCGGCUACGAUUGGGCCGACGAGGCCGACCUUGCCUACCGCCAGACGGCCGGCCCGAGCAUCAUGGCCGCCGGUGCCGUUGAGGCCGGCUCAGCUUCCGGCUCGUCGUCAGCCUCGAGCUCGGCGUCUUCCUCGAUCUCCGGCUCCGCCUCGGGCUCGAACUCAUCAUCGUCGUAG